AAGAGACAGCUAUUUCGGUUGGAGGAGCCAACGGAAAAAUGAAUAAGAAAGUGAUCAAGAAUGUGAUUAAGCUCUUAACGAUGGCGAUUUUGAUGGGUACUGUUGUGAUUUGGAUCAUGAUGCCAACGUCUACUUACAAGAAAAUCUGGUUGAAAUCCAUGCGUGCCAAGCUCGGCAAAUCGAUUUAUUUUGGGAAACCAGGAGUAAACCUUUUGGUUUACAUGUUCCCAAUGAUUCUACUGGCUUUUCUUGGAUCUAUUUACCUUCACUUGGAGAAACAAACGACAGUAAACCAAUUUAAUAGUGGGGUGGAGAGGAAGAAGAGAGAUAAGUUUGGUGCAUUGAAAAGACCAAUGUUAGUGAAGGGAUUAGGAAUAGUGACAGUGACUGAGGUUAUGUUCUUGACGAUGUUCAUGUCUCUUCUUCUUUGGAGCUUAGCCAAUUACUUUUACUAUACCUUUGUCACCAUCACUCCUCAAACAAUUCCAAUCGACGGAGAUAACUUAUGGCAAGCGAGGCUGGAUUCAAUAGCAGUAAGGUUAGGUCUAACAGGGAACAUAUGCUUGGGGUUCUUGUUCUAUCCGGUGUCGCGUGGCUCAUCGUUGCUGGCUGCAGUUGGGCUUACGUCCGAGUCAAGCAUCAGGUACCAUAUAUGGCUCGGUAACUUGGUCAUGACCUUAUUCACCAGCCACGGUCUUUGUUACUGUAUCUAUUGGAUAUCCACUAAUCAAGUCUCUCAGAUGUUGGAGUGGGAUAGGACCGGUAUCUCGCAUUUAGCAGGAGAAAUAACUCUGGUGGCCGGACUUGUGAUGUGGGCCACCACAUUCCCGGCGAUUAGAAGGAGAUUCUUCGAAGUCUUCUUCUAUACUCAUUAUCUCUACAUGGUCUUCAUGCUCUUCUUUGUCUUCCACGUUGGCAUCUCUUACGCGUUAAUCUCAUUUCCCGGUUUCUACAUCUUCAUCGUCGAUCGUUUCUUGAGAUUUCUCCAGUCGCGGAACAAUGUCAAGCUAGUCUCUGCUCGUGUUCUUCUUUGUGACACUGUCGAGCUCAAUUUUUCCAAAAACCCGAUGCUGAUGUAUAGCCCGACGAGUAUAUUGUUCGUGAACAUACCGAGUAUUUCGAAGCUGCAAUGGCAUCCAUUUACAAUAAUUUCGAGUAGCAAACUCGAACCAAAAAAGCUAAGUGUUAUGAUCAAGAGCCAAGGCAAAUGGUCCACUAAGCUUUACCAUAUGCUUGCUUCUUAUGAUCAGAUCGACCACCUUGCUGUUUCCGUCGAGGGACCCUACGGCCCUGCUUCCACCGAUUACCUACGACAUCAAUCUUUGGUGAUGGUGAGUGGAGGUAGUGGGAUUACACCGUUCAUCUCCAUAAUUCGUGACCUACUGUACGUGAGCUCAACGAGCGCUUGUAAAAUCCCCAAGAUAACCUUAAUAUGUGCGUUCAAGACCUCUUCCGACCUCUCAAUGCUCAACCUAAUCUUACCGGUCUCCACCGAGAUUUCCUCCUAUGUAGAUAUUCAGAUCAAAGCCUUCGUCACCCGAGAGAAAGUAUCAACUUGCAAUAUGAAUAUCAUCAAAACCCUCUGUUUCAAACCACAUUCCUCAGACCAACCCAUCUCACCAAUCCUCGGACCCAACUCCUGGCUAUGGCUCGCCUCCAUCCUCUCUUCUUCAUUCGUGAUCUUUAUUAUCAUCAUCGCAAUCAUCUCAAGAUAUCACAUUUACCCAAUCGAUCAAAGCUCGAAAAAGUACACUUCUGCUUAUACAUCUCUCAUUUACCUUCUAGCAAUCUUCAUUAGCGUGGUGGCUACGUCUACGGUCGCUAUGUUGUGUAACAAAAAGAGUUAUUAUAACAAAAAGGACCAAAACAUCGAGGUAUUGUCUCCGUUGAUGAUCGAGAGCUCGCCAGGUCAGUUGCUACCGGAAUUCACCAACAUUCAUUAUGGAGAAAGACCUAAUCUUAACAAGCUCCUAGUUGGUUUAAAGGGUUCAAGCGUCGGAGUUCUUGUGUGUGGUCCAAGGAAGAUGAGAGAAGAGGUUGCAAAAAUCUGUUCCUUCGGUUCGCCUGAGAAUCUUCAAUUUGAAUCUAUCAGUUUCAGCUGGUGAUUUUUUUUUGUAAUAAUAUCGGAAAUUUUCU